UGAAAAUGUCUACGUUGAAGUAGUUCAAUUUUACUGAAAACAUUGCAUAGAAUUAGAAUAAACACAUCCCGUUUUCACUGAAAUGAUUUAUUGUUAAACCUUUGGGAUAUAAAAAGUGAACCAAAAUGAACUUGGGUGGCUCAAUUCGUAUCAAUAAAUUUGGUGUACUAAUCAUCACAGCACUUUUGCUCGUUUUCGUGUAUUAUGUAUCAACCGGAAAAUCACGCAGCUCAAACUACGCAUUGAAUAAAAAUCCCAAUGAAGUAAACCUGCGGAAGUUGCUUAUUGGGUCGAUCCAAGCAGCCCAGCGUGGAGGCCUCGAGGUGGUGGAGGUAUCCAAGAGUGCGGAUUUCAAGGUGCAAAGCAAAGGCAAAACAAAAGAGGGUGCCAAUGAUCCGGUGACAGAUGCUGACUUCCGUUCGCACUGCGUUAUGGCCAGUGGAUUGCAUAGAAUUUUCCCCAAGCUGAAAAUAAUAUCAGAAGAGGACGAAGGAAAGCAGAGUUGUCCUGAUGCAAAAUUGUUUGAUCUUGAUCCGACCGUGAUACACGAAAACUCCAAUGUCCCGGAUGAAAUAGUUGGGAUCGAAGAUGUUAUGGUAUGGAUCGAUCCACUUGAUGCCACGCAGGAAUAUACAGAGAACCUGUUCCAGUACGUCACAACAAUGGUGUGCGUGGCGAUAAAAGGCGUUCCAACGAUCGGCGUAAUUCACAACCCCUUCACGAAGAAAACUGUUUGGGCCUGGACCAAUAAGGCCGUAUCCGAACCACUGACCUUUAUUAAGAGGGACGAGGAUGUUAAGCAUCCUGUUGUUAUUAUUUCCCGAUCUCAUAGUGGCGAAGUGAAGAGCAUAGCCAAGGAGGUUUUUGGUGAAAAUUUACAUAUUAUCCCGGCAGGAGGAGCAGGCUACAAGGUCUUGCAGGUACUGCAUAACAAUGCAACUGCGUACCUCCACUCUACGGCAAUAAAAAAAUGGGACAUAUGUGCAGGAAAUGCUAUCCUUGCUGCCAUAGGAGGUAAAAUGACGAACCUGAAGAAUCAGGAUAUCGCAUACAGCGACAAGGAUUCGUUUCUGAAUGAAAAUGGACUGCUGGCAACGGCAGUCGAGAGCAUACACGAGAUGUAUAUUAAAAAAAUAAUCGAUCAAAAAUUGCAGCACUAAAAUAAGUCACGCUUCAAAUACAUCACACAUAAGAGUACGUUCGGGGUGAAAUGAUUUCGUAAAAGACUCAUACACAUAGCUUACCAACUUUUUUUGGUUAAUUUGUGAUCACGCAUUUGAGUUCCUCGGGUUUAACUUUUGUUUAGGAAAUAGUUUAAUCAUGUAAGUCUAUGUAAGAUUGUGAUUGACAUUCGCUCUGAAAUCGAAUAAAUUUCCUCAAUAUAGAAU